GAGUUCACAAACAAGCCAUCAAACAUGUGCAGAAUGCAUCUGGCUUCCUGGUGAGACAAAACCCAGAAAAAGUAAAAAAUGUUUGUUGCUUUCAGCAGGAGUCAAAAUUCACACUUCCACUCCUGGAGCUGGACUUUCCCAGAGCAGAGGGAGAGACAGAGGAGCCUGAGACGAGCCACAGGGUCCCACUGCUGGAGCCUGUGUGUGUGUGUCUGUGUCUCUGUGUGUGUGUGUGUGUGUGUGUGCGCACACUCAGGGGCUGUGGCCUCUGCUUUAGACAGCGUGUAGUCAGAAUCUGCAGAGGUGUCACUUCACACCUCUGCGGCCUGGCCUGGACUUAUAAACCAGUGGAAGAGAGCGGAGCAGCACUCACAGCUUCCCAGUCUUCCAGUCAGACCACUGAGUUUCUUCCACAACAUGGAUACCUCCUCUGUCCCUCUGCUCGACUACAGCCUGCAGUACCAGUGGUCCUCCGACACGGACCUUUCCGGCAUUUCGUCACCGGAGACUCUCUCGCCCGUCCUUUCCAUGGACUCCAGCCUCUCGCCGUCCUACCGGCAGCGUCCACAGUCCACUCCCAGAGCGGCCAAGUGCCUCAAGUCCUCGCCGUGCUCCCCGUCCGGACGUGGCCGCAAGUCAGGCCGGACCUCCAGGAUUCGCAGCAAGCAGAGGGAGAGUGCCAGCGAGAAGGAGAAGCUGAGGAUGAGGGAUCUGACGAAGGCUCUGCACCACCUCAGGUCCUACCUUCCGCCUUCGGUGGCACCUGUCGGGCAGACCCUGACGAAGAUAGAGACUCUGCGUCUCACCAUCCGCUACAUCUCCUACCUGUCGGCUCAGCUGGGCCUCAGCGAGGAGGCUUUGUUUCAGAGGAGGGAACAAGUGGACACCUCAGCCAGUGACCCUUCUUCUCCUGACGUCCUCAGCUACUUCCAAAAUCCCUCCGCUGGAGAUGCUAUGCAGGACCAGAACCUCUACUCAGGCCUGUGUUACAGCCAGAACAGACCACUGCAUUCUGGGCCAUGUAGUUUUGGAGUGAAUACGUUACGAAUGCAGUACAGUGAAGGCCCUCAGGGAGACGUGAGCAAGGACAGGGUUCUGCAGUCGCCACCAGCAUCCCUUCCCUCCUGUCAGAUGUGUGGUAAAGACUUCUGCACCCCGCUGGUUCCAAGAGAUUACUGGGGCUGAUCUCUCGGUCGCUGACAGCUGACCGACAGACAACAGACUCAAGCUCCGCCAGCGGUUUUACUGCCUCAUUGUGAAUCCAGUAACUUAUUUUUAGAAAUAUAUGCUUUUCUACCUUUUAUUUAUUUUUGUCCUAUUAAAUACACCGUGUAAAUAUACGACUUACAGCAUUUUUUUAUAUUCCCUCUAUUUAUAAUAAACCGUUGAAAUGCA